CGCGGUGACUACUUGAGAUAAUGUAACGUUACAGCGCGCGUGUCGCGCCAGUACGUUCGGGAACGCGCUCCGGUGAACGUGCGCCGCGCGAGAGAGUCGCCGUUGCGACUCGAGUGCGAGCGACCGUGUGUGACAUUCUCUCCCAUGUGUGAUUGCGCGAGUGAUCACUUGUUAUUUCUCGCUUUCGUCUUCGCAGUCUCACGAAAUAGUGCACCGGACAGAUGUGAGUGCGCGAUCGCCUCUGUGUGUUCGUCAAAGAGAGAGUUCGUCCAACAAAAAAACAAGAGAGAAACGUUCGACCUGUGUAUCGAUCAUCGUGACUAUUGCUCUUGACGUACCCGAAUCGACCGUGCCGAUCGAUUUCACGGCAGAGAAGGCAAGCGGAAAACGACAACAACAUGAAAAGGUCGGAGAUCAACAUUUUCCCGAGCAUGGAGCCCGUAGCGUCUACGAGUCGUGCCGACAACUCUCAGAUUCCGCGGCCGCUCAAGGAUUCAGAAAAAUUCGCCCCGAAACUAAAGAAAUUCUGCGACAACACGGUCCAUGAAGGAGUGUCCGUAGCCGCUCGCAAGGCGCGCUUUCAGAGGAACGAACCUUCCGUGCUGCUAAAAUAUCGCAACAAUAAUAUGCCGACGACCAGCAACGGGACACAACGCACCGAGAUGAAAAGGUUACCGGGGAAAAUAACUGCAUCACCCAUCAACAUAACCGAGUGGCUCGGGGAGGAGGGCAAAUUGAACCCUUUGGAGCCGAAACACAUACAACAAGAUCGUGUGCUUGAUGAUUAUAAAUCGAGCAGAGAGCAUGCGAAUUUGCAGAGGAAGUACGAACAAUUGCAGAAGGAACACAGCACGCUGCGGGCGAAGGUGCAAGAGAAGGAGCAAAAGUUGGAAAAAUUGGAGACAGUUUCCAAAGGGGUGUGCAGGGAGUACGAGCAGCUGAAGUAUCAGUAUGACGUGGAGACGAGCGCGAUGCACAAAGCCAUGCAGCAGGCGUCUCAGUGGUACAGACAAAACCGUGAGCUCAAGCGUAAGUCACAGAUUAUGGUGCAGAAACUUCUGCACAGCAAUCCCGAGGAGUCACUGGACUUGGACGUGUCCGACGAAGUGGACGCAAACUUCGAGGAUGUCGAUCAGCUGAGGCAAACGGUGAAGGGUAAGCGUGAUUGCUUCCGAUGCUUAUCUCUCCGUUCCUUAGAGGUGAAAGUCGGCACUUGCAGCACCAGACAGACUAGGGAUCCAUUUUCUUUUUUCUUUCGAAAUUGCUCGAUACGACGUCGCUCGCGAAAACUGAGCGGCGAGAUAGCGCGGCUCCAAACGGAACUUCAUUCCGCCCGGCUUCAGGAAUUCGAAGCGCAAGAGCAGGUGACGCAUUUGACCACACAGCUGGAGGAGGAAAGGGCCUUCCGACAGAAUGGCGAGGAGAAAAUUAACGUACUGCAAGUGAACAAAGAGAACAUGGAGAGAGUCACGAAAAUGGUGGCCAAGGAGGUGCAAGCUCUGAAGGCGCAGUGCGAUCGCGAGAGAGAGAAUGCGAACAUUUUCAAGAAAGAGGCUGAAAAGAUACAAAAGGAACGAAACGUCCUGGCGCACCAAAGCGCACUUCUCAUGGUCGACGUCGGGGACGACCCGAACGGCAGACUGUUAAGCGUGCUGCAAGAAAUGGAGUCCCUGAAGAGACUGCUGGAGGAAGAGCAGCAGAGUCACGUGUCCCAGGUGCAGAUGCUCCAGGAGAAAUUGGAAGAGAAAGAGUCGAACGUGGAGUUCGAAAUAGUCGAGGAGAAGCUGAAACUCGCAGAGUCCGAGCUGGAGAUGAUGCUUCAGAGAGCCGAGAGGGCCGAGAAAUCGGUGGAGGAACUGGAGAGCGUGGUGUGUUGUUUAAAACAGAAAGUCAGCGAGUUGGAGGAGAAAGCCUCGAGGCCGCCACCGCCACCUCCUCCGCCACCACCGCCGCCGCCGCCGCCGCCGCCGUUGUCGUCGUCGUCGAUGUCGGCGGCUGGACAAUCGACGAUAAAACUGCUGAUCAAAGAAAGAUCGGCCGCGAAACCCACGGCCGUAAGCGAAAUGGAGAAUAUGCUCGGUAUCGCGCCGAAGAAAACGCCCGCGGUUGCGCAACAGCCCGUUAUCGACGAUAUCAUUAAUCAGAUCAAAGGCGGGCGUUUCACGCUGAAGCAAACAGACAAACAAAGAGAAGAGGAACGAAAGAGACGGCAGGAGGCGGAGAGUGCGCCGCCAGCGGUUUCCGAAAUGCUGAAUAUUCUUGGUACUAUGAGGCGGAGAGCCAAGCCAGUAAGACAGUCGAUCAAGCCUCCAGACGCGACAAUGUAGUACAACCAAAGUUGCCUCUAAACGGAAGUAAUCUACUAUUCCAAAAAGGAGUUCGUUGAGUCUCAAACGAUUGACUAAAGUAUACAUACACGUUAUUGUUAUUAUUACAUUUCACUAAGAUAUAUAUCUUAAAUUCGUCGUAGAACUUCGUUGUUUCACAUGUAUAUUUUUAUAUAUACAUGUAUAUAUACAUAUAGGUCUGCCUUGCUCAAUCAAAAGUCGCGCAGUAUAUUUAUAUUCGAUAAAAGUUAACUUUUGUACCGCUAUAUGAAAAUGUGAUCGAAGUGCAAUGAUGUUUUAAGAUGCAAAGACCGUCGAAUAUCUCGCGAAUGUAACAUCUUAAGGUCAGGAGAAAUAAAGCUAGAAAAAUGUAAGAGUGUGAAAGUAGGCGGAAAAUACAUGGAAACAGUUUGCAGUAAGCAUUA